UCUCCAGACCAUCCAUCGCAGCGAGAAUUUCAGCGGAUUCGGAUUGUGCUGCUGUUGAAUUGAUUCGAGAUCUGUAGCUGUUUGUUUGUGCAUACCGUGCUUUCAAGAGAAGAAAAAAUGACUGUGAUUCCAUUGGCCGUUCGACACGCGGGCAAGAAGUAUGACCUUGAAGUCGACCUCGACCAGACGGGCGAGGUGCUCAAGUUCCAGCUCUAUAGUCUCACGGGGGUUGAUCCCGAGCGACAGAAAGUUCUCGUAAAGGGAGGACAAUUGAAAGAUGAAACCGUGCUCAACACGCUGGGACUCAAGCCCAACCAGACGCUGAUGAUGCUCGGUACUGCGGGCGAAUUGCCCAAGGAACCGGUCGCGAAGAUGACCUUCGUCGAGGAUCUCACUGAUCGUGAACUUGCCCAGGCUACCAAAACACCGAUCGGCCUUGUGAACUUGGGAAAUACGUGCUACUUGAACUCGAGCUUACAGUGCCUGCGCACGAUGCCUGAGCUAGAGGAAGAUCUCAGCACGCUGCCUCCUUCAGGCUCGUCCGGCGGGACCUUGUUUGGCGGCAGCCAGCCUUCGGAUCUUGCCAAGCGUCUCAGAGAUCUGUACCGUGAUAUGAAGAACCAGACUAGUGCGCUCCAGCCUUUGGUGUUUCUUAACACGUUGAGAAUGGUGUAUCCCCAAUUCGCCGAGCAAGGCGAGCACGGCCGCUACAAGCAGCAGGACGCCGAAGAAGCCUUCACGCAGAUCCUCUCGGCGCUCAACCAAUCCCUGACUGCCGCGCAUCCGACCAGCCCGUCGUUUGUGGACAGCUACAUGUCUGGCGAAUUCGCGACGACGAUGACCUGCGCCGAAACCGACGCCGAGCCGCCGAUCACGGGCACGGAGAAGUUUGCAAAGCUGGCGUGCCAUAUCACGGGCGAGACGAAUUUCCUCUCGGACGGACUGCAGAAGAGUCUCGAGGAGACGAUCGAGAAGCACUCGGACGUGCUGGGCCGGGACGCGGCGUUCACGCUCAAGAAGCGCAUCACGCGGCUGCCAAAGUAUCUUGUCGUGCACUUUAUGCGGUUUUACUGGCGCCGCGACACGCAGAAGAAGAGCAAGAUUUUGCGGAAGGUGCAGUUCCCGUUCGAGUUGGACGUGACUGACUUGUGCGAGGACGAGUUGAAGACGAAGCUUGUGGGUGUGCGCGACAAGGUGCGCGAUCUGCGCAAGGCGCGCGAGGAGAAGGUGCGGGCGGCCAAGCGGGCGCGCACGGUGUUGACUGAUACCACCAGUUCUUCGACUGCGGGAGAAGAGGCGUCGGUGGCUACGCCGGUGUCGAGCGAGUUGGACGCGGAGAUUGCGCGGUUGGAGAAGGAGGUCGAGCAAGCUGUUGACGAGGAGCUGAAGCGCGACAAGACCGCCAACUCUACCGGACUGUACGAGCUCGUGGGCGUGAUUUCGCACAGCGGCAAGUCUGCGGACUCGGGCCAUUACCAGUUCUGGAGCAAGCAGGAGCCAGUCGAAGGCGAGGAGGGCGGGAGCGGAGCGUUGGUGGUGGGAGCGACGAAGCAGAAGGAGGAGCCGAAGUGGUGGAGGUUUAAUGAUGAUAAGGUUACUGUUGUUGAGCAGACUAAGAUCGAGACGAUGAUGGGCGGGGGGGAGAGUGACUCUGCGCUGAUUCUGCUGUAUCGCUCGGUUGGGUUUUAGAGGUAGAAGAUCUGUUGCAUCAAUACAUGAAUAAGCUGCUCAGCUCAUAAGUUACUGAGAUAGAGUCAUCUAGAGUUUGAUAUAG